AUGGCAAGUGCUAACUCAACAUCCUCGGAUCGGGCGCCCGAUCAAGGCGGUGUUCUGGAUGCCAAUAACCCAAUUGCUUUCCACCCGCGGGAUCCCAUUCCCCUGUUCAUCAUUCAGGCUGCCGUCAUUAUCAUAUUCUGCCGCCUCCUGCACUUUCCUUUGUCAAAGGUUCGGCAGCCUCGUGUCAUUGCCGAAGUGAUCGGUGGCAUUCUCCUCGGUCCGACCGCAAUGGGCAGAAUCCCCGGCUUCAAAGCCAAUCUUUUCCCUGACGCGUCAAUGCCACCAUUGUCACUGGCUGCCAAUCUCGGUCUUGUGCUUUUCCUCUUCUUAGUUGGACUCGAAGUUGAUCUUCGCCUUUUGGUCAGCAAUUGGCGUGUUGCGCUCAGCGUGGGAGCUCUUGGCAUGGUCCUUCCUUUUGGUCUUGGUUGCGCAAUUGCUUGGGGUCUCUAUCAUGAAUUCAAAGAUGAGCCUGGCUUGGCUCCCAUUAGCUUUGGUGUUUUUAUGUUGUUUGUUGGUGUGGCUAUGGCUAUCACGGCCUUUCCUGUUCUUUGCCGCAUUCUGACCGAACUCAAACUCCUACAAACCACAGUCGGCGUCAUUGUUCUUUCUGCUGGUGUUGGAAACGACGUUGUUGGGUGGAUUCUCUUGGCGCUUUGCGUUGCUCUCGUUAAUUCAGGUACUGGUUUGACUGCUCUUUACGUCCUCUUGGUCGCGGUAGGAUACUGCCUAUUGCUUAUCUAUGCCAUUCGCCCAGCCUUCUUGUGGAUUCUCAGGAGAAGUGGCAGUCUUCAAAAUGGUCCUUCUCAGUCAAUCGUCGCCUUGACGCUCUUGCUAGUCCUCCUGUCAUCAUUCUUCACCUCCGCAAUCGGCAUUCAUGCUAUCUUUGGUGCAUUUAUGAUUGGCCUGAUCUGUCCUCACGAGGGAGGCUUCGCUGUAAAGAUUGUGGAAAAAGUGGAGGAUGUUAUCUCAGUGCUGCUCCUUCCCCUCUACUUCGCCCUGUCAGGUUUGAACACCAACAUCGGUCUUCUGGACAAUGGCAUCACGUGGGCUUAUGUUAUUGGCGUCGUUGCCAUUGCCUUUUUUGCAAAGAUCACCGGUGGACUUCUCGCAGCUCGAGCGAAUGGACUAGUAUGGAGAGAGAGCGCCACCAUUGGAGUGUUGAUGAGCUGCAAGGGCCUGGUUGAGUUGAUUGUCUUGAAUAUUGGUCUUCAAGCACGCAUUCUCAGCACAAGGACUUUCACCAUCUUCGUGGUCAUGGCACUUAUCACCACGUUUGCCACAACUCCAUUAACCAGUCUCCUUUAUCCUGAAUCAUACCAGAAGAAGCUUGACCUAUGGAGACGUGGUAAGAUAGAUUGGGAUGGCAAUGCCCUUGUGUCUGACGAUAACAACGAUACGGACAAGGAUUCACUGGCUGUCGGUGACGAAAUGAUUGUUCGCAAAAUGCUUGUUUAUCUUCGACUUGAUGGCUUGCCAAGUCUCUCCACGUUUAUCAGCCUACUCAGCGACCAUGCUGAUGCACCAAGACCAGACGAGAAGAAGCAUCAUCUCCUAGCGGAUGCUCAACCUAAGGCUGAAGAUGCCACAGGCAAGAAGGCGUCCGAUCACGCACGUCAUCCACGUCGCCCUCUGGAGGUCCAUGGUCUUCGUCUUCUGGAAUUGACAGAACGCGAUUCUAGCGUCAUGCAGGUGUCCGAGAUCGAGGAGUACGGACCUCGGGAUCCUGUUGCUAGAGCUUUCCGCAUGUUCGGACAGUUUAAUGACAUUGCAGUCGCUGGUGAUGUUGCUGUUGUUCCAGAACGGUUUUAUGCCGAUACUCUCAUCGAGAAGGCCGAUGAGCUGUCGUCCGAUUUUGUCCUCAUUCCUUGGAGCGAAACCGGAACAAUGAGCGAGCAACCAUCUCUACAAGCACUAUCGAAACCUUCCUACCAGAUUUCCGGGCCAUAUAUUUCCUUCCUCAACGAAGUCUUCGACAGGGCAUCAUCCAACACCAACGUUGGCGUCUUCAUUGACCGUCCAGAAGCACCAAAUCACGAAGAACGAAAUAACAGAGCUCUCACCCGAACAACCACUGGUGGCAUCAGCGUCCACAGUGGCCGCGGUCGACCUGCAACCCCUUUCAACCACGCUCUCACCUAUCACAUCAUAGUACCCUACUUUGGCUACGCGGAUGACCGUUUUGCCGUCCGCCUCGCCCUGCAACUCGCCAAGAACGACACCAUCACCGCAACCAUCAUGCAUUUCGCCGAGUCCUCCUCCGGGGUGAAUGUCCUCUCUUCAUCCGAGAGCCCCAGCCCGGGCUCUACAGCUGGCACUGAAUCAUCCGGCCCUUAUGAGAAGGAAUCAGCAGCAGACGAAGCAGUUUCGUUCUUCACCUCCCUUCGUGACAAUCUUCCUUCGACCCUCUCGUCUCGAGUCGUCUUUCAAUCCUACUCUCUCAACUUAACUAGCACAUCCGCCGACGUCGUCGCCAUAAUCAACAAAUCCAUCACUGCCACCGCAUCCGAUGGCAGUAUUGAACACAUCGUCAUCACUUCCAAGUCUUAUAGCAGUAUCUUCACUACCGCCGCUACCGGUAGCCUCUCCCAUAACAACACCAGUGGUAGCGGUAAUGGAGGGACUACUACAAAUCCACCCACACCCCGGACAGGAGGCCCACCACUCCCACCCACAACACCGAGCAGGACCUUACUCUCACCGAUGGCGACUGCGUUGGGUAUUCAGGCUCCUAACACGCCAGGCGGUAACGACAGUGCUUGGUCCGGUGAGAGCAAGGUUCUCGGCGGCCUAGGCUGUGCACUAUGGGAAGCGAGUCGAAGUGGUGGCUUGAGAGCAGGGUUGCUGGUCGUGCAGGCCAAGAAGCCAAAACUAGGUCAGACCCAGACUGCAAAAGGAGGAAGCAGAUUGGAUGUCAUCGCUGCAUCUGGUGAGAGUUGA